CUGUUUUAAAAUAUUUUGAAACUCACGAUAGAAAAACAUGGAAUUAUGAACAUUUUUUAAAUGAGUUAAAAGAAAUAAUCAUCAAUUCACCACCAUAUAUUGAAGACUGGAGCGGUUUAGAUGGGCGCUUCUGGGUUGUAAUUAUAUCUUAUGAUAUAGUACGAUCCAGAGGUUUUACUGAAAUUUUCGGUGCCCAAAAUAAAGAUAAUAAACGUCGGCAAAUGAAAACAUUCUUUCAAGAUAUUAUUCUUGAACGUGAAAAGAAAUGCGGGGAAAAUUAUGUAAUAGAAGGCGUCAAAAUUCUUAAUGAAGCAAGGUUCUCCAGUUCCGAUGAAGUUAUUUCCACUAUAAAUAAACGGCAUCUCCAAAUCGAAAAAGUAAAUAAUGAACCACCACGAACUCCCGAACACCAAAUAUAUCAAUCCCAACAAAAUCAACAUCGAACGAGAACUGGAAGAAAAGUAGACGAUUCUUAUGAAUUAGCCUUAUCUGAAGAAGAUGAUGAUUACAACAAGGAUAAUGUAGAAAAUAAAAAGACGGGUCCGAUACCCCUCACUGAGGAACACCGGCAGAUGAUUGAGCAGACAUUUAAUGAGAUGAAAAAGGAGAGAAUGUGGAGACUUUCAACAGGAAAAUAUGUCGAGGAAGAAUUAUUCGAAUUGGGGAAGAA